CGAGAGGCCACGAGGCUCCUAGGGGUCCUAAAGGAGUGCGGGUUCAAGCCCGACUGCUACCUCUACAACACCAUCAUGAAGGGGUACUGCGUGCUGGACGCAGUGCGGGGAGGUGAUGGAGGUUUAUAACAAGAUGAAGGAUGAGGGGAUUGAGCCCGGACUUGGUCACGUACAACACGCUGGUCUACGGGCUUUCGAAGGCGGGGAUGGUCGAGCAGGCGACAAAGUUCUUGAACGUGAUGGCUUGUACGGGGCAGUUUCCCGACACCGUGACCUACACGUCGUUGAUGAAUGGGAUGUGUCGGAAGGGGGAUGUUGGGGCGGUUAAACUGUUGGAGGUGAUGGAGGAUAGAGGGUGCACUCCCAACGAGUGCACGUAUAAUACGUUGUUGAUGGGAUUGUGCAAGGCCAAGUGUUUGGAGAAGGGGAUGGAGUUGUAUGAGGUGAUGAAGGAGGGAGGGAUGAAGCUUGAGGGUGGGGCUUACGCGACGUUUGUGAGGGCGUUGUGCAGGGCGAAUAAGGUGGCGGAGGCGUAUGGGGUGUUUGACUAUGUGAUCGAGAGCAAGAGCUUGAGUGAGGUGAAGGCUUACUUGGCGUUGGAGAGCUCCGUUAAGGGGGUGAAGAGAGCUAGUGCAUCGUAAGUCUUGGAAACAGAAAGAGAUGAAGGAUGUAUAUCGCACCCUCGACUGUUAUGUUUGAAAAUUGAACCAUUUGGAUCGAAAAGUUACAGCCAAAGUCGCCUAUUUCAUGUCUAUGGGCUUGUUCAGUUUAUUGACAAUAAAUUCAGAGGACAGGUAAUGAUCUAUCAUCUCGAAGGCACUCUUCACAAAGAAGUGGAAUGUGAUGGAGAACUGGAGGUUUCAAUUACUGAAGAUCUGAAGAUAGCGCAAAUACAUAGUGCUUUGCGUUUUACUGUUCGCUGCAAAAUUGGAAGCUGUGUAGUGAAGGUGGAAGACUAGUGGAAGGAAUUAGAGGUGAAGAUGUAACCGCGGAGCUUUAGAAUGCUUCAGGAGGUUGAUCGAAAAGUGCACCUCUUUGUUCAACACCCUUUUGUUAAAAAUUUACUCAUUGCUUUUCAUUAGACGCAAUAAAAUAUCCUACUUGUAAUUGAGCAUGAAUACUGUACUAUUUUUUUUCGGUAUAUUAAUCCGUUCUGAUAAAGUUUCAAGUA